GUGAGCGCAACCGUAGUCUACACAAGUCCUCGUGCAGCUGUUGUUGCACGCUGUUGCGUCGCUUCAUGUAUCCACAGUUGCGCAGAGAUUAAACAUUAGUUCUUGUGACGGCUCCGCUACAGUAACAAACUGGGAUUACAACAAUCGAAAUAUUUCUAAUAGGAAAUUUGACAUAGAGGAAAAUAGCCUAUAAUUCAUUAACGGAUUUUUUUGCAGUUUGCACAAAUAAUUUUACUGCAGAUUCCAGGAUGGGAUCCCCCGCAAAAUCUGACGAAAAGACCAUGGAAUCAAUCAACAACAACAGCCACAAAUCCAAUUUUUCACAUUGUUUAGGCGGGCUGCCAACCGUAUUUUGCGUCAUGUUGUCGGUGUGUUCUAUGGCGUUUUGUUUUUUGGUAAACUUCAGGACAUCUCACCUGGAGUACAGAGUGCAGACUUUGGAGAUGGAGAGAAUGUCCCUGAUCCCUUCCGAUGAGAAUGGAACAGUACCUGGUCUUCAGGAUAUCAUUGAAAAACUAGUGCACGAGAGACUGACCAAAGCACUGCCCAAACUUCGCACUGCCAGGGAUGUCAUUCAAGAGUGCUCCUGUCCUCCAGGGCCUCCAGGAAAACGGGGAAGGAUGGGAAGACGAGGCGACUCUGGAUCUCCAGGAACGCCUGGACGGGAUGGUUACCCGGGCCCACUUGGGAUGGAUGGGAAGCCUGGUGGUCCUGGUCCUGUGGGAAGCCAGGGACUUUCUGGGCCAAAAGGAGAAAAGGGAGACCAAGGAGAUAUGGGGCCCAGGAUGGUCUUCACUCGCUUUGCCCACGGCUUUCUCUCUGGCGACCAGCACACAUUUCACAAACGCCUCCUGAAGGGUGACCAGGGUCAGGCUGGCCCCCCUGGACCCCCGGGCCCCCUUGGAUCACCAGGGCCCAGAGGACCCCCUGGGAACACAGGGAAGGAUGGGCCCAGAGGACCCCCUGGAGAGCAGGGUCCACCUGGUCAAGAUGGAAUCGAUGGAUUGGAGGGACUGAUGGGUCCUCCUGGACAGAAGGGUGAGGAUGGACAGCAGGGCAUGCCUGGAUCGCAGGGGUCUCUGGGGUUAAAGGGCUUACCAGGAGAGAAGGCUGUUCCUGGCUCCUAUGACAACAUUGGCCUUGGCCAAGUCAUUCAGGGUCCCCCAGGGCCACCAGGGCCCCCAGGAGGUCAAGGGUCAAAGGGAGAGUCAGGCUCACCUGGUGCACCUGGAGCUGAUGGGGAUAAGGGAGCCAAAGGGGAUCAAGGUGAUGAUGGGAUGCCUGGAGUGGCAGGGGAGAAGGGAGAGCGAGGCCUGAUGGGCCAAACUGGGCUUGCAGGAGCUGACGGAAAAAAAGGAGAGGGAGGGGAUUCAAGGUUUGAGGACAGUCUGGCCCAGAGGAUCUCUAUCCCAGGCCCUCCAGGGCCUCCCGGGCCCCAGGGUUUCAUGGGACUUGAUGGAAGGCCUGGCCCCAAGGGGGAACCAGGUGAGGGAGUGAAAGGAGAUAAGGGGGAUGCAGGUGACAAAGGUCCUCCUGGGUUAAGGGGCACCCAGGGUCUUCCAGGUUCUACAGGAUUGGUUGGUCUUCCUGGCACCAAAGGGGGAAAGGGAGAGCAAGGAUUGCCGGGAUUAGAUGGUUUCCCCGGGCUGAUGGGACAAAAGGGGGAGAGAGGGGGCAGAGGAGACAAGGGCGACAGGGGGGUGCUGGGAAAGAAGGGACUGAAGGGACAGAAGGGCGAACAAGGCCCCCCUGGACUGGACCAGCCCUGUCCUGUGGGCACCAAUGGGGGUAAAGAACACCCUGGGGAGGCGGGGCAACACUCAGGCGCCCCUUGCCCCCUGGGGCGGGAUGGAUUACCCAUACCUGGAUGUUGGCAUAAGUGAUGACACCUGGGACAUGGGAUCUGUACAUAUCGAUAUAUAUUUUUCAAAUAAAACUCAAGUGUUGUUUUUUUGUUGCCAAUUCUAAUUUAAUAUAUUGAGUUUUUCGUAUUGGAAUUUAGAUUGUGGGUCUAUCACAAUCAAUAUUUUUUACUUUUUGCAUAUCAAAAGAAAACUAGUUUUUUUAGUUUAGAGAUUACUUAGAAGAAGGAUAUCAUGCACACAAAGAGGGGAGACUGGUGACAAACGGAAAGCAGCAGCAAAUGCACUCAACACCUACCGAAUGGACAAAUGUUGCUGCUUUUAUCUAUACGGGGAGAAAUAAAUAAUUGAUUCUGACUAACAGGCUCACUAGUGUUCCCUUAUUGGAGUGUACAACUCAGCCUGCACCUUGCAAACAAAUCUACCCCAUCAUUCCUGUGAUCGCUGUUUGCUUUGAAAGGACCAGUCCUCACGGCAGGGACCCAAUGCCAGGUGCCUAUCCCAAACUUAGGAGAGAGGUAUGGGGAGGCUCAGAGGAUGGCCCUCACAGUGGAAUAGGAGCCACACAGACUGACUGCGCUGGACAGAGACAGAUGGCUAGACCAGCAUGGAGGAAAUAUGGCUUUCACUCUUCAGCUGCAAUCCUAACUGGUACUGGAGGGACUUAAACACCAGAUCCCUCACAACAAAUUACAGACACACACUAGCUUAGAUUAAUGGAUUUAUUUCAAGUAGUUCUAAAUCCCUUAGCAGUGUGUUAUCCAUUACAUGAGGUUGUGUGUUUUUGUCAUGUGUGUAAAAACUAAUCAGAUCUGAAAUGAACAAAUGUUUUAAUACCAUGAUCUUUCGAUGGCUUUUUAGAUUUAACCUUUGUAGUCGUUUUCUUAAAUGUGUUUAAUGUUUAGAUCAAUAUUGGUUUAAAAUGUUUUAGAAUGUUUAUAAUGGUUUCAAAGUUGUUGCAUCAAAUGCUUUCUCAUUCCUCUGAGUGCUCUAACCAGUUAAUUGACACAGAACACUGUAAAACUUUGUAGAUACAUAUUAUGAGAUAUUCCUGUGUGUAGGUUUUGUGGAAAUUCCUUGGAUCUUUCUUAUAUUCAAGUUGCAUUGCCCCUGAAAAAAGUUAGUGAUAAACUGAAUGAUAGCAAGCCUAAAAAAGGUUAAGGACUUUUUACAUCUGACAUCAAGUUAGAAAGAAAAUACAUAUUUUCAAACCUACCAGACGGGGUUAUUGGUCUAAUUAUUGUUUGUUCUAGGAACAUGCAGUAUUUAAGUUGUCGGUCAUAUUAAAUACUAUUUCAAAUGCA